UUAUAACAUUUUGCAAACAGAUCAUUUUUCUCCUUCACUGAUGUGCAUUGAUGAGGCUGCACUGAUAGACAGCACUGAUGGGCACUGAUAGGUGGCACUAAUGAGGCAGCACUGAUGAUGCUGCACUGAUAUGCAACAGUGAUGGGCACUGAUAGGCGGCACUGAUGGGCAAUACUGAUGGAUGGCACUGACUGGCAGCACUUUUGGGCACUGAUGGGUGGCACUGGUGGGGGGCACUGGUGGUUGGCACUGCUGGGCACAUGUGGGUGGCACUGCUGGGCACAGGUGGGUGGCACUGCUGGACACUUGUGGGCGGCACUGCUGGGCACAGGUGGGCAGCACUGGUGGGUGGCACUGCUGGACACUGAUCAUCAGUGCACUGAUGAUCGGUGCCGAUCCGUCCUCUGACAAUUGCCGGUUAUCGGCAGUACUUUCCUCACGUUGUGACUGCGUGAGGAAAGUGCAGCCGAUAACCAGCAACUGCAU